AUGAGUGUUGUGGAUUCAACAGGAAGCGUCCAGGCGCACUCCGCAACCACAACCGAUGGAGACAAGUUUAGCCCUAAAGAUGUUAAUCGGAUGUUAUUAGAAUUUCUCAUGUACAUGGGUAAAGCCUUGUUGUUUUUCUAUCCCGUGUACUUGACUGGCUCCUUAGGGCUCAGCAUCAGUUGGAUUCUCUUAAUUUUGGUCAUGUUCACGAUAUGGAAAAAUAAUCGCAGGUGGAAGGAUAGACGGAUAGACACAGCAAUCAACUUUUUGGAAAAUGAAAGCCACGUGAUCGACACAGAACUGAAAGCCCUAAAUAUGCCAGCUUGGAUUCAGUUUACGGAGGUUGAGAAAGCUGACUGGAUUAAUAAGGUUCUUCGCCAAGCCUGGCCGUUCUUUGGCAUGUUUAUGGAAAAACUGCUGAAGGAGACAAUUCAGACCUCCGUCAGGACCUCCAGCCCCCACCUCAAAACCUUCACCUUCACCAAGGUCCACUUUGGACAGCGGCCCCCCAGAAUCACCGGCAUUCGGGCGUACACGCACGAGGUCGACAAGAGGGAGGUCAUCCUGGACCUCAACAUACUUUAUGAAGGAGAUGUAGACAUUGAUGCAGAUGUGAAGGCGGGAAUUACGGCAGGAGUGAAAGGACUGCAGCUUCAAGGAAUGCUGCGUGUGAUUCUCGAACCUCUGAUUGGCCAGGCACCCCUUGUGGGCGGAGUUACUAUGUUCUUCAUUCGUCGUCCAACCUUACAGAUCAACUGGACGGGAAUGACCAACUUGCUGGACAGCCCUGCUUUUAGCCAUAUGUCAGAAUCCACCAUUGUGGACAUAAUCGCCUCUCUGAUGGUUCUGCCCAACCGCAUGUGUUUCCCACUCAUAGACCAAGUCAAAGUCGACCAAAUGCGGUUCCCACUUCCUCGAGGGGUCGUACGUGUUCACCUGAUUGAAGCGCAGGACCUGUUGGCCAAAGACACGUACAUGAUGGGCCUGGUGAAGGGCAAGUCAGAUCCCUAUGCAAUCAUGAGAGUGGGUCACAUCCAGUUCAAAAGCAAAACCAUCAAAGAGAACUUAAACCCGUACUGGAACGAAGUGCGUGAGUUUGUCAUUCAUGAAGCCCCCGGACAGGAGCUGGAGCUGGAGGUUUAUGAUGAGGACACAGACAAAGACGACUUCCUCGGCAGGUUUAACCUGGACUUUGGGGAGGUGAAGAAAAACAAGGAGAUGAAAGAGUGGUUCCCCCUUGAGGAGGUGUCAAGUGGAAAAUUGCAUCUGAAGUUGCAGUGGUUGUCCCUGCAGACGGACCAGACCCUUCUCAGGGAGACGUCGGACGGUUGUGCUUGCGCCAUGCUUGCCGUGUACCUGGAUAACGCCUCCAACCUCCCUAAAGACCACCAUGAAUUCAGUCAUCAUGAGAAGCAUAGAAAACACUCUAAAGAGACCAGGCUCACAAAGAGGGCCGUCAACCCCAGCUCCUAUGUGGAAUUCUCCAUAGAUAAGCAGAGCCAGAAAAGCAAGGUGGUCUACGCCUCCAAAGAUCCCGUCUAUGAGGAAUGUUUCACAUUCUUUGUUCACAGUGUGACAAACCAGGUGCUAAAUGUCCAGGUGAAGGAGCCUGAGAAAAAGGAGGCGCUGGGCACCUUCUCUCUGCCCCUGAGCCGUCUGCUCGGCGCCCCAGACAUGACCCUGGAUCAGCGCUUCCAGCUGGAGCGCUCUGGGGCCAACAGCCAGAUCAAGAUGAAAGUCUUGCUCAGGGUCUUGAAGUUGGAAAAGCCUGAACCCAAGCCUGUCGUCACUCCUCCGUCUCAGACUAAACCAGCGGCGUCUUCCCAGCCGCAGUCCUCCACUCAAACUCCGCAUCAAGCUCUCGAACAGGCCCAUUCCUCUCCCAACUCCUCCUCCUCUGGCAAAUCGUCCCGAGACCCAGCUCUUACCCACCCCACCAACGGGUUCCAGUCCGAGUACGUGCCCCACCGGCGAGGCUCGGUCUUACUGCCGGACGUAAACCGCUCCGUCCCCACUACUCCCAGUAACAUGAGGCGAUACGACUCCCACAGCAUCCUGUCGGACAACUCCAUCGCCUCUUCUCGCCUCGACCUGACUGAUGGUGUGCCCUACCCAGAGGCCAUCUUGAAUCACCAGGGCAGUUUUGGGGAGAUCCAGCUGACGGUUCGCUACAGCACCCUACGGAGCCGCUUAAUGGUGCUGGUUAACUCCUGCAGAAACCUGUUCCCUUGCAGUGAGAAUGGAUCAGAUGUGUAUGUUCGUAUGUAUCUGCUACCAGACCAGAGCUGGAGGCACCGCAUGCGAACAGGUGUCAAGAGAAAGACUGUAAACCCUGUGUUUAAUGAAAAGUUUGAGUUUUCUGUGUCAGUUGAGGAGGCUAAAACCCGGAAGUUGGAUGUUUCUGUAAAAAACAAUAAAAUGUUCCACAGGAGAGAACGGAGGGAGAUCGGAAUGGUUCAGAUAGACCUGGCUGAGGUGGACCUGCUCAAAGGCAGCACGGAAUGGUAUGAGCUCACCAUCCCAGGGCUGAAGAAGACCAACUAG